UCGGGGGUUUGGAUCUGGGGGUCGGGGAUUUCCGUCGGGGCGCGUUGCCGCGGACUUUAACUGCCUCGGUUCCAGCCAACGGAACUUGUCUGUUUCGCGCACCGGUCCCUGGGUUCUCGCGUAAUCGAGGAAUGCCAGUUGUUUAUCGUUUCUGUACUUAUUCCUUUACUCUAGCUACUAGUUUUUGUGUGAAUUUGCGCGGUGUGGAGAUGGGAUUGGUGUUUAGUCACCGUAAUUUCGCUGCGUGUGUAGUUCUCUGCGAAUUUCAGUUUUGAGAAAUUUCGGUCUCGUUCUGUUGUCUACUUGUCUUGCAGAUGAGAGGGCAGCCGUCCUUGCUGCCGAGCGUGCGGAAGCAAUGGCUCGGGAAGCCUCUGCUGUACGGAAUCGGCUCCCUGUUGGUCAUGCCGCUGAGGACGCUGCAUGGAGUAGGGCGUGUGUUUGGCGCAGGGCGCUUCCUCUGCAACAUGACCAGCGUCUCAUCUUCCUUGCAAAUUGAGCUUGUACCAUGCCUUCGAGAUAACUAUGCAUAUAUCCUGCAUGAUGUUGAUACUGGAACAGUUGGAGUGGUGGACCCUUCUGAGGCUAUGCCUAUUAUAAAUGCAUUGGAAAAGAGAAAUCAGAACUUGACCUAUAUACUGAACACUCAUCAUCACUACGACCAUACUGGUGGAAACUUGGAACUGAAGGCGAAAUAUGGUGCAAAGGUUAUUGGUUCUGAAAAGGACAGGGAUAGAAUUCCUGGCAUUGACAUCACUCUUAAGGAGGGUGACACAUGGAUGUUUGCUGGUCAUCAAGUUCUUGUACUGGAAACUCCUGGGCAUACUUCAGGUCAUGUGUGCUAUUAUUUUGCUGGUUCUGGAGCCAUAUUUACAGGUGACACGUUGUUCAAUCUAUCAUGUGGAAAGCUUUUUGAAGGGACUCCACAGCAGAUGUAUUCCUCACUCCAGAAAAUUAUAGCUCUGCCUGAUGAGACGAAAGUAUACUGUGGACAUGAAUAUACUUUGAGUAAUUCAAAAUUUGCCCUGAGUGUAGAACCAGGAAAUAAAGAAUUACAGGAAUACGCUGCAAAUGCAGCUGAGUUGCGCAAUAAAAAUAUACCCACGGUGCCAACAACAAUUGGGAGAGAGAAACAGUGCAAUCCUUUCCUGCGGACCUCCAAUCCAGAAAUUAAGAGUACUCUGUCCAUUCCAGAUCAUUUUGAUGAAGACCGUGUGCUUGAAGUUGUCCGUCGAGCAAAAGAUAACUUCUGACUAACAAAAGGAAAUUCUCGUGACAUGACAACUAUCUUGUUAAAGUUCGGACAAAGAAACCCCUAAGACACAAGAAAUGUAGGAAAGAAAGGUAUAUAAGUUUGGGCUAGAUUUUGAAAUGCUUCGGCAAAAUUGUGUCGAGUGUAUGUAGCUUGGGCAGUGCUUGUCUAUAGCAGCCAGUGAUUCUUUUGUCUACUACAAAUAAGCAUGUUCUGCCAUCAUCUACUCUGUAAAAAGAACGUGAGUCAGCUGUUCGAUAGUUUAAUCUCAGUUCUUGCUCUUCAAUA